AUGGCUCCACCCACAAAGCAAUCCCGUCCGCUCGGCCUAAUCAUUGACGAAACCCUCACCGAUCUUGCACAGGAUACAAGUGCGGCCAAGCCAAAGGACAGCGACAGUGAAGUUGGACCUCAGGUAUCAGUCGUGACAGAUCCAGACAUGAAUGGUACUUUACCAGCGAUCAGCGACAUCUACAAUCUCAUUGCCACCAAGAUGAAUACAGACAUUGUGGACAGAAAUGGCCUAUGGGAACCACUCUGCGGAUUGAAGGGACACGAUGCCAUCUCCUUCACACGAGAGCGCUUCGCGUCAGUGACCGGAGUCUGCGCUACGACACUCAGGGAGGUCGCAAAGGCCGCGGGGGAGAUCAAUAAGUACCUAAACAGAAAAGAUUGGUCUCAGAAAGAAGCUGCGUUGAAGGAGGAAACAGACCCCGUUUUUCAUGCGUUGGUGAAGAGAUUCGCGAAGGUUUCGAGGGACUGCAAUACGACCCUCGAAAGAAUGCCCGAGUCGCAAUGGCGCGCAAUCGCACUCACCAACUAUAUUCUUGUUGGCCUUCAGUACCCACGCAUCGCGGUCAACAAUGAGCUGCGCAGACCUGCGAUCUCAGACAUCUCCGCAUUCCUUGCCAUGAAUCCCAGAAAUUUCGACAUAGCGUCGGUACGUCAGACAAGCAACAAUGCGGCGGAUACCAAUUCCCCCGAAUUCCGUUGA